AUGCGACCUUCUCACGCAAACAUUGGCUUCUGGCUGAUAUGGUUCAUCGCUCUGCUAUGGAGCUACCGAAACGGCUACGAUGACCCCUCAUCCUUCUUCUACAAGAGCCGCAUCGCCUUCAACCGUCGCUUCUCCGCUGCCCGCGAAGCCCAGGUCGACGAGUACCUCGAACGCGAAAUAUACCCCGUCAAGCAUAAACAGCGCACCGAGAUCCAGGUCGAGAACGAGUUUCUCUGCAUCGGAAUCCCCAGCAUCAAUCGCACCUCGUCCGCCUUUCUCGCGCACACGGUCGGCAGCCUGGUCGACACCCUGACCCCGAAUGAGCGCAAUCAGGUCCACAUUGUGGUACUGCUCGCCGACAAAGAUCCCACGAAGCACUUUGCCUACGGAAAAGAUUGGCUGUUUGGGCUUGCGGACGAUGUACUCAUUUACUCCAACGACAGCUUCGCAGCGAAAGCCGUACCAGACCUCGACUAUACAGUCCUCCAGCACGACAUCCGCGGAAUGGGGCGCAGCGACGACCGGGUCGAGAAUAUCCGCCUAGACCACUCCGUUCUCUUCGAAGCCUGCCGAGACCGAGACCCGACCUACUUUGCCCUCAUUGAGGACGACAUAAUAGCCGCGCCAGACUGGUUCAGGCGCUUCAAGAAGGGCGUGAUGGAGGUUGAGCAGCACGCAACGGAUGCGCAUCAUGAUUGGAUGUAUCUGCGUUUGUUCUACUCUGAGAUCUUGAUGGGCUGGAACAACGAGGAGGUCCUCGACUACCUAAAAGUCGUGGUUCUGGGUUAUACAGGCCUUAUUGGGUGUCUCCUCCUCGCUCUGCGCUGUCGUCGCCGUCGCCACGCAGGGUCCUUUGCGUCCAAGGACUUUGCGCAAACAGUCGCAUUACUCCUCGGUCUCUGGAUCCCUGCCUGUCUCGCGCUAGCCUUUGUGACGGGGCGCAUCUCGUUGCACCGCCUCUUUACGCCGUCACACACGGUGCGCGAGAUGCCACGCUACGGAUGUUGCGCGCAGGGUCUUGUGUUUCCAAACCACCACUUGCAGGCUCUACAGGACUUUCUACGCGAGCCACCGUACCAGUUUCCGGGCGACAUGAUCAUGGAAGACUUUGCGCGCGACCAUGGGCUGACCAAGUGGGCGCUUGAUCCGAGCGUGAUGCAGCACGUUGGACUUGUGGAGUCCUCUGAUGGACCUAGAAGGGCUGAAGUGUGGAACUUUAGUUUCGAGAGGUUACGAGAUGCGCGUAAUUGA